AUGCUUUCACUCGUUUUACUUGGCGCCGUAGCGCAGACUGUCUUGGCCAGCCCUCUCAACACUACCGCCAGCUUCCAGCAGCAAUGCCUUUCCUUCGCCAACUCAACCACCAUCCCUGGUGCCGCGUCCUACGCGACUGAGUUCGUCCCCGCAGGUACCACGCUGCAGUUCCCCGGCGCAGACUCCAGCUGCGGCCGUACCUCUCAAGCCGUAACAGCCGAUCUCUGCCGUGUCACCGCCCAGAUCGCUACUUCGGCCCGUUCCGGGCUCAAGUUCGAAGCUUGGCUUCCGCAGAACUGGACCGGGCGCUUUCUCAGCACCGGCAACGGCGGUCUCGGUGGCUGUAUCCAAUACGAAGACCUCGACUACGCCAGCUCCCUCGGCUUCGCCACCGUCGCGACUAACAACGGCCACGAUGGCAUGAGCGGUGCCUCUUUCCUGAACAACCCCGACGUUAUCGAGGAUUUCGCGUACCGCGCUCUUCAUACGGGAGUCGUGGUCGGCAAGGACGUGAGCAAGUCGUUCUACGGUAAGGCUCACACCAAGAGCUACUAUCUCGGCUGUUCCACCGGCGGCCGCCAGGGUUUCAAGGAGGUGCAGUCUUUCCCCGAAGAUUUCGAUGGCGUUGUCGCUGGCGCGCCCGCGUUCUCGUUUAACAAUUUGACUUCAUGGAGUUGCCACUUCCUUCCCCUGACCGGCCUCGAGGGCUCUGACACCUUCAUUCCCAUGUCGAUGUGGCCUACCAUUCACGAAGACAUCAUGAAGCAGUGCGACGAGCUCGAUGGAGCGGCUGACGGUAUCAUCGAGGCUCCUGAUCUGUGCGACUACAAGCCGGACGGCUUGCUCUGCGGCAGCGCGAAUGCCACCAGCUGCUUGACCCAGAAGCAAAUCGAAACGCUGAAGGGCAUCUACUCACCACUUCUCGAUGCGUCCGGCAGCCUGAUCUACCCUCGUAUGCAGCCCGGCGCCGAGAUCACGGGCGCCCCGCAGACUUACUUCAACGGCCAACCCUUCGGUGCUGCGGACUGGUUCAAGUACGCCAUUUUCAACGACUCCAACUGGGAUCCUCUCACCGUCAAGUCCGAGGACUACGUCCUGUCCUCGUCUCUGAACCUGUUCAACAUCGAAACAUUCGACGGCGAUCUCUCUCCUUUCCAGAACCGCGGCGGCAAGGUUCUGCACUACCACGGCCUCGUCGACGGCACGAUUUCGAGCGAUAACUCCCCGAGAUACUACGAGCACGUGUCCAAGACCAUGGGCCUCGAGCCAGCGGCACUUGAUGAGUUCUACCGCUUCUUCCGUAUUUCCGGCAUGGCUCACUGCGGAGGAGGUCCCGGCGCGACCUUCAUCGGUAACCAGGCUCAGAGCGUCGCCAGUCUGAACCCCGAUGAGAAUGUCCUGAUGGCGAUCGUCCGUUGGGUUGAAGAGGGCGUAGCUCCCGACACUAUUCUGGGCACUGCUUACAUCAACGGAACCAAGAGCGCAGGAGUUGACUUCAAGCGCAAGCACUGCCGUUGGCCGCGCCGUAAUGCCUUCCAAGGUGGAGAUUACAAGGACGAGAACGCCUGGGCUUGUGUGGAGUAG